UAACGGUCGUCGUUUCCCAAUCCAAACUACAGCGGUACCGCCUCCCCUCAUCCAUCGCCCCGGAGCCCGUCUCCUCCCGGCGCCCCACCGCGCCAUGGCAACUCUCCACCACCUCGUCCUCCCGCCCCAACUGCUGUCCGGCCACGGACCUCCUCCUCUGCUCCGCCUGUCCAGAAGGCCGAGACCCCUUCUCCACCUGCUCCCCCGCGCGACGGCUGCAACCACGGGAACGGCGGCGGCGGUGUCCACCCCUUCGGACGCCGCGUUGCAGAACUUCCGGCGCUGGAUCUCUUCUCAGGGGGCGGACACGGGUGCGGCGUCUCCGACAGUCGUGCCUGAGGGCCUCGGGCUCGUGGCGGCGCGGAACCUACCCCGCGGCGAGGUCGUCGCCGAGGUGCCCAAGAAGCUCUGGAUGGACGCCGACGCCGUCGCUGCCUCCGACAUCGGCCGCGCCUGCCGAAGCGGAGGGGACCUCCGCCCGUGGGUCUCCGUCUCGCUGCUCAUCCUACGGGAGGCUGCGCGCGGAGGGGACUCGCUGUGGGCGCCCUACCUCGCCAUCCUCCCGCGCCAGACCGACUCCACCAUCUUCUGGUCAGAAGAAGAGCUCUUGGAGAUACAAGGAACACAAUUACUGAGCACAACAAUGGGUGUGAAAGAGUAUGUUCAGAGCGAAUUCGAUAAUGUUGAAGCUAAGAUCAUAGGCCCGAAUAAGGACCUUUUCCCUGAUACCAUAACAUUUGAUGAUUUCCUAUGGGCAUUUGGAAUACUAAGAUCAAGGGUUUUUCCAGAGCUCCGCGGAGAUAAGCUCGCUCUCAUACCGUUUGCUGAUCUGAUAAAUCACAGUGCUGAUAUUACCUCAAAACAAUCCUGUUGGGAGAUCCAAGGAAAAGGCUUCUUGGGUAGGGACGUUGUGUUCUCUUUGCGAACACCAAUGGAAGUUAAAUCUGGAGAACAGGUAUAUGUUCAGUAUGACCUGGACAAGAGUAAUGCUGAAUUGGCACUUGACUAUGGGUUCACCGAGACAAACUCGACAAGGGACUCGUAUACUCUGACACUGGAGAUAUCUGAAUCUGAUCCAUUCUAUGGAGACAAGCUUGACAUUGCAGAGUUAAAUGGAAUGGGGGAGACAGCAUACUUUGAUGUUGUCCUCGGCGAAUCUCUUCCUCCUCAAAUGAUCACUUACCUGAGAUUACUUUGUCUUGGGGGAACUGAUGCAUUUCUCUUGGAAGCUCUCUUUAGAAAUAAAGUUUGGGGAUUCCUUGAACUUCCUGUGAGUCGUGACAACGAGGAAUCAAUAUGCCAAGUCAUCCAAACUGCUUGCAAAUCUGCCCUUACUGCCUAUCACACCACGAUAGAAGAGGAUGAAGAACUAUUAAAAAGAGAAGAUUUGCAAUCAAGACAUCAAAUUGCAGUUGAAGUGAGGGCUGGUGAAAAGAAAGUACUACAGCAAAUUAAUGACAUUUUCAAGGAGAGGGAGCAAGAAUUGGAUGACCUUGAGUACUACCAGGAAAGGAGGCUCAAGGAUCUUGGAUUUCUUGGUGACAAUGGUGACAUUAUCUUCUGGGAAUCCUAGAGACAGUUUUUGUAACACAUCAUUUUGCAAUAGCACAAUAAUGGAAAAAGAUGGAUUCACAGAGUCAACAAGGUUAAAAACAACUUUUGUGCCAUGACCAAUAAUAAUGUAUUAAAAUAAAUAUUCA